AGAGAUCGAAAUAUAAUAGAAUCGAGCGGUCGUGCGUGCUGCUGAAGUCGAAGAAAAAAUUACGGGAAAUCACGCCGCUUCGGUGAAAACAGCCGGCAAAAUAUAAUGAGUUAAUAUUUGUUUUUUUCCGUUGUGUUUGGCGGAUAAGAAAAUCGCGGCAUGAGGGAUGCUGAAGUGAUUGAGUGCGGUGUACUAAUGUGCAGCGAAUUCUGAGCGCGUAAAGCGUUUCGAAAAAUUAAACAAACAAAAUGCAUGUUUCAAUGGAAAUCUAAGUAAAAAAAAGUUACCUGUUUGUGAUUUGCUUGCCACCCCCGGUUUACGUGUGUUUGGUGUGAGUUCGAGUUUGUGAGUGUGUGAGUGUUGUGUUAUUGUGUAAAAGGAAGGCUGAAACAACACGAAGGAGAGCAAGAAGAAGAACAACAACAAGGAGAGUCGCGCGCGCGUCUGUGUGUGCGUGGUAGCGUGUGUGUGAGGAGAGCGGCCAGCGGCAUAAUGCCGGCGACAGCGAAUUCAUGGAUCUUGUUGCUGUUGUUGUUGGUCGCCGUGGAAAGAUGCAGCAGCAACAGCAGCGGGCGCAUCAAUAGUCGCAGCAGCAGCAGCGGCUACAGGAAGGUCCAGUGGCAGGAGCAACAGGAGGCCCCCACUCUGCGUCCCCUUCCCGAUAAAGGUAAUGCACAUAAAUCCAGAAAUCGUAUUAAGCCCACCGUGUUUAUCCGCCCAAAUGCCGCACUAACCGCAGGCGGUGGUCCUUGUCCAGCCUCGUACUUCACAUGCAACGAUGGCUUCUGCAUACCGAUGCGAUGGAAAUGCGAUUCCAAGGCCGAUUGUCCGGACAUGUCCGAUGAGGGCAGCGAGUGCGCGCCCAAGUGCAACGAGGGCCAGUUUCGAUGCGGGGUGAGCCGCCACUGCAUCCCGAACAAUUGGCUCUGCGACGGGGAGUUCGACUGCGGCAAGGGCGACAUAUCCGACGAACUGAACUGUCCGAAUGGCGAUACGCCCAAGUGCCGCGCCUUCGAGGGCCAGUGCCGCAACGGCGACUGCCUGGAGUUGUCCCGCUUCUGCGACGGCCGUUGGGACUGUGAUAACGAUGAGCUGCAAUGUGAUAAACAGAACGCUGCUUGUGCAGCACUGAACUGCAGCUUCAACUGCAAACUGACGCCGCAGGGGGCACGCUGCUACUGCCCCAAGGAUCAGGUGCCAGAGUCGUCGAACUCCACCCGCUGCGUGGACUACGACGAGUGCUCCGAACCGGGCACCUGUGACCAGGUGUGCCGCAAUACGCCCGGCUCCUACGAGUGCUCCUGUGUCUCCGGCUAUGCGAAGACCAAGGGAAAUCGCUGCCGGGCCAUCAAUGUGCCACCAACGGAGCCGACCACGCUGAUUUUUCUUUCGCGGGACGGCGUACAGAGUGUUGGAACGAAUGGAACCGAAGUCAUCGGUCCCCCAGGGGCAAAGGAUAAUGAUAAAGUCACGGACAAGGAUGGCGUCGGAAGUGAGGAAGAACUGCUGCUCUCGCAACCCCUUCGCUUCGUGCACGCCUUCGAGGUGUGGCAUCGGAAUCGCACCCUCUGCUCCCUGCUCUUCAGUUGGCCCGAACUGCAAAUGCGGUGCCAGCGCGUCGAUGACGCCCGGGUUAACUGGACACUGCCCUUCUCCUCGUUCGUCUCGCCGCAGCAAUUUUUCACUGAGCUUCGGCUGGACUGGCUGUCGGGUAAUUGGUAUUUAGUCAGCGAGGACGACGGCCUGGUCUAUCUGUGCACAAAUGCGAUGACUUACUGCCGGGUGAUAUUGCAGCAGGUGGACCCGCUGUCAUCUCUGGAUCUGGACCCCACCAAGGGCUUUAUGUUUUACACGGAUUGGACACCCAGUUUGUCCCGUUCGCUGCUCGACGGCAGCAAUCGAACUGUUUUGGUCACCGACCAGGUUUAUCACCCGAGCAGCGUCACUUUGGACUUGGCAAACGAGUUGGUGUACUGGAUUGACAUCUACAAGGAUGAGGUCAACCGUGUGGACUACGAGGGUCGGAACCGUUGGACCCUCAAAAGGCCACUAGAUUCCCCAGUGCCACUGAAAACCAUUCAUGCCGUGGAGGUUUUUGAGAAUUCAAUUUAUUUAGCAGCCUGGAUGGAUACGGCCAUCGUUGCCCUGGACAAAUUCUCGCUCAAAACCCACAUCCUCCAAUCGAAUGUGAGCCGUGGAGCCAAUUUAAGAAUUUUCCACCGCCAAAAGCAGCCCGAGGUGGCUCAUCCGUGCCGAGAUAACAAUGCCGGUUGCAACCAGAUCUGUGUGCCGCAAUGGACGAAGGGAUUCGCCAGCGCCAAAUGCAUGUGCACCGCCGGUUAUAAAUUGCACAAUCAGACGACUUGCCUUCUCUCCGCCCUUGACAAGUUUCUUGUGUACAGCGACAAACAUUUGGCUAGGAUCAGUGGCAUACCGCUGGACACCGAGCAAGUUCAGCAGCUGGAGCAGAUCGGCGAGCAACCGGAUGUAAUGGUGCCGGUAUACAAUGUAUCCAAAACAUUGGCCAUUGAUGUAAAUGUUCGAGGCAAGGCGGUUUUCUAUGUGGUAGCUGAUUCGGGUGCGAGUCCCUUCGGAAAUGGUGAACCCUCGUGCAGCAUACGAAGCCAAUCGCUUAAUGGUAGUGUCUCUCGACUGCUGGCCCAAGGUCUUAAGAGGGUGCACGCCGUGGCCUUCGAUUGGAUCAACGAUCACCUGUACUGGACCAGCCACAAAAAAAUGCAGGUCGCUCCACUGAGAAAUUUGAGCAAAGUGCUGACAUUCAACACUGACUGUGAUGCCAUGUCGUUGGAACUUGAUCCCACGACCGGACUGCUCUACUGGUCGCAAUGGGAGUCGCAAUCCUGCGAGGCCGGCAUCUACAGCUCCUGGAUGGAUGGCACGCACAAGGAGUUGCUGGCCAAGGGCACCAGCUCUAUGCCCAUGCAAUGGCCACGCAGUCUGGACGUGGAUCGACGCACAAAGGAGCUUUACUGGUGCGAUAUCCGACUGAGCACCAUUGAGCUCAUGAGGCUGGAUGGCACCGGUAGGGAGGUGCUAUUCAAGUCGGACCAGUUUCAUCCGUACUCAAUAGUGCAGAACAAUGGACUGAUAUAUUGGGCGGACAACAAGAACUCCACUAUUCUGCGCUUCCAUGCGCAUCAGGCCAAUCUAUCGAGCACAUUUAGCUCAACAGUGCACUUGCAAAGAACUGGAAGAGCUGCUGAUCUGCGGAUUUUCGAUAUAGCUUCACAACCACUGCCCCAAACUCCAAGUGCUUGUGCGCAAUCAAAGUGUCCGGGCAUGUGCUUGAACACACCGAAAGGUGCUAUAUGCCGCUGUCCCGAUGGCUUCACACUUAACGGCACCGGAAGCCACUGCAUCCCCCAACUAGCUCCGUCUCCGAUUCGUCCUAAUUGCACUUCUGGUUACAUGUGCCGCAGCACGCGACAAUGCCUCGACACCAAGGACAUGUGCGACGGCUUCGAGGACUGCGAAGAUGGCAUUGACGAAAGCUCUGAUCCGAAGGGACCUUGCAAUGUCAAUACUUGUGAUAAAACCCAUAACUUUGUUUGCAAUGGUCGCUGCUAUCAGCGAUCGCUGCUGUGCAGCACCAUUCCCUACUGCUCGGACGGAACGGAUCAGGCCAACUGCCACCAGAACACCUGCAAUAGCAACGAGUUCACUUGCCACAAGAGUGGGCGCUGCAUUCAACUAACUUGGGUCAAUGACGGAGUGGUCGAUUGCGGUCCGGAUGAUGAUUCCGAUGAGACGUCGGAAACGAUCUUUGCCAGCAAAUGUCCGGAAUUCGACUGUAACAACGGGCGGUGUCGCCAGUUUGCCGAUGUCUGCGACGGCAUUGAUAACUGUGGAAACAAUGCCGAUGAAAUGGAAUGUGAGCAGGAGUGCGAACACGGCGAGAAGUAUUGCCGGCCCAUUGGGUGCUAUGGCGAGAUGCACAUGUGCGAUGGGAUCCACGACUGCUUGGACUUUAGUGAUGAGGCUAACUGCAAUCAGACCAAGAGUGAUAACCACCCGGUGACUGAGUGGAAGGAGCUGGGCGAGUGUGCUCCUCUCGAGUUCGCUUGCAUGUUUCCGUUCGAGUGCAUUCCGGACUUUUUGCGCUGCGACGGCAUUUCGCACUGUUUCGACAAGACGGAUGAGUUUAACUGCACGCAUAUCAAUACCACUAGAUUUGAUAUGAACGAGACGGUGAUUUGCGAGCACCCAGAUCGGCUGUGUGGCUUCUCCAAGCAGUGUGUAACAGUGGAUCAGCUUUGUGAUGGAAAGAACGAUUGUGAGGAUACCACGGACGAGGGCUUUUUGUGCGCGGAUAAGCUGUGCGAUCGCGGGCACGAGUGCUCUCAUCGUUGCCAUAACACUCCGGAGGGAUAUAUCUGCUCCUGUCCAGACCAUCUAUACCUGCAGCCAAACGGAAAGCGCUGCAGCAUGCAGCACGCCUGCGAUCACUGGGAUACGUGUUCACAGGUGUGCGAAAGUAGCGGUAAGGGUUAUGACUGCCGUUGCUUGGAUGGAUUCGACUUGGGCUUCGAUCGGUUCACAUGCAAAAGCACCGCUCCGGAUGAGCCUUACGUUAUCUUCACCAACAGGCAGGACAUUAAAGGCAUCAACCUAAAGACCUUAAACGUGGGGAACUUUUACAGUUCUCUGAGGAAUAUUAUCGCUCUCGAUUUUUUGUACAAUAACGAGUCCAACGUUGAGAUAUACUGGACGGAUGUGAUAGACGACAAGAUUUACAGGGGUCAUCUGGUGGGCGAGAGUUUGCGAAAUGUGGAAGCCGUUAUUCACUCUGGACUUUCCACUACCGAGGGAUUGGCCGUUGACUGGGUGGGGAAAAACCUUUACUGGAUAGACUCAAAUCUGGACCAAAUCGAGGUGGCAAAACUGAACGGAAGCUUCCGACGAACGCUGAUCGCUGGAAACAUGGAGAGCCCGCGAGCCAUAGCCUUGGAUCCAAGGGAGGGUCUUCUCUUUUGGACAGAUUGGGAUGAUAACUCGCCCAGAAUUGAGCGGGCCAGCAUGUCGGGCGAUGGAAGACGCAUGAUCUCCACCAGUUGGCAGUUAAGUGCAGGAUGGCCCAAUGGCUUGACUCUGGAUUACACCCAAAAAAGAGUGUAUUGGGUGGAUGCCAAGUCGGACUCGAUUAGUAGUACCAUGUAUGACGGGUCCGAGCAUCAUGUAGUACUGCGCAACAAAGAAAUACUCUCCCAUCCAUUCGCCAUAUCUGUGUUCGAAAACUACGUCUACUGGACGGAUUGGCGAACCACAUCGGUUAUACGCGCCAACAAGUGGAAUGGAAGCGAUGUACAGGUGCUGCAGCGCACCCAGUCCCAGCCCUUUGGCAUUCAGGUAUUGCACUCCAGUCGACAGCCCUGGGAUCGGAAUCCCUGUGGCGAGAACAACGGAGGAUGUUCCCAUCUUUGCCUAUUGAGUGGAAGGGGUACCUUUAAGUGCGAAUGUCCCCAUGUAAUGCGUCUAGAUCCAGCCAAUGAACGUAAUUGUGUUCCCAAUGAGCAGGUUCUUCUGUUUGUCAUGGUGGACGAGAUUCGCGGUAUUGACUUGCAUCAGCCCAAUCACCACACCAUACCGACUAUUCGUCAGUCUCCAAGGUUGGUCGCCCCACAGCGCAUUGAUUUUCUAGUAGAUGAAAGUCGCAUUUUCUGGUCGGAUAUCCAGCAGAAUGAGAUCUCAAGCGCCGGCAUCUCAAAUGGCCUUAUAGAGCCCAUAAUUAACACCAACAUUGAGAAACCCUAUGGCUUUGCAGUUGACUGGAUUGCCCGGAACAUGUACUUUUCCUCUGGUCAGAUAAAGUGCAAUAUUCUGGCAAGUAACCUCAAGGGCGAAUUUGCGUCUAUUAUUCACGAGGAUCUUAAUAUGGUGGACAGCAUUGUCCUGGAUCCUGCCAAUGGCAAAAUGUAUUGGAUACACUCUGCGUCCGAUGGAAGUAUGUCCCAGUUGGAGCAGUCUAAUUUAGAUGGCUCAAGUCGUUCGUUGAUCUAUCAGCAUGAGAACAAUCUUCAAAGUUUGACAAUGGACUUCGAUUCUCAGCGGUUGUACUACGCAUACGACAAUUCGGGUAUUGCCUAUUACGACAUUCCAAGAAACGAGACGCGUAAGGUACUGGUUGCCAGUCCUAUCACAUCGAUCAGUUCCCUGACUGUCUACAAUGGAACGCUCUAUUUUCCGGAGAAUAUUCAGAGUGUGAUCAUGCAAUGCGAGAAGGAAGCCUGCUCCAACAUGUCCUAUCUCAGAGUCAAUACGAAGAGCAUUCAAAGCAUGAAGAUGUUUUAUGCGGACGCCCAGACCGGCUCAAACACCUGUGCCGAGUGGGCUUAUCGCGGUGGCUGCCAGCAGCUUUGCUUGGCCACUUCUUCCAUAGAUCACGUCUGCCGCUGUGCGCUCGGCUACGAUGUAGAGCCGAACAAUCCAACCGGUUGUGUUCCGCGGGCCGAAUUUAUUUUCUACUCCAUCGAUGUGUUGCAGGGCGUGGAAAUGAUCGACCCAUCGGAACAGUUUGACACGCCUUCCCCGGCUUUGGUACCCAUUUCCCGCGUAAGCUCGGCAAGCUUCAUCGAUUACCUGGCCAAUACAGAUACAUUGUACUGGGGUGACAACGAACUGGGUAGCAUCUCCCGCGUGAAACGCGAUGGAACCCAAAGGGAAACUAUUUUAGAAGCUCUCAACCUGGUGGGAUACAAGCAGCAGGACUGGCUGGGUGGCAUUGCCAUUGACUGGGUGGCUGGAAACAUCUACUGGAGCGACACAAAGCGAAAUAUCAUUGAGGUCGCUCGUUUGGAUGGCAGUCAUCGAUAUGUGGUAGUCUCAAAUUUGGAGAAACCUACUGCUCUGGCAGUGGAUCCUCUGCAAGGCCUGCUAUUCUAUGUAACCCAACAACACAUAGGUCGUGUCGGCUUGGAUGGAAGUCAGCCCUUUGUUUUAGUUAAUCAAACCCGAGCCAAUUGGGCGGUUGGGAGUCUGGUCCUUGACAUAGAAGCUACAAAGGUGUAUUGGUGUGAGCGAUAUCCGGAUGCCCUAAUGAAAGUGGACUACGAUGGAAACCUUCGAGAGCAAUUGCUAAACGAAAGCCUGAACAAUCCAGUGGCUCUGGCCAAGAUGGGCGACUAUUUAUAUUGGGCAGAAAACAAAUACAACGAGGGAAUUAUCCGGGUGGCUCCUCUGGCUAAUCUCAGUCAGUCAAAAGUGGUUCUCCAGACAGAGCAGGAUGCCAUUAGGGAUCUGAAGAUAUACUCCAAGCACCUUCAGCGGGGAAGCAAUCCCUGCGCCCACAGCAACGGAGCCUGUGAGCAGCUCUGCCUGUUUAACGGAACCAGUGCCGUCUGCGCCUGUGCCCAUAGCCGUCUGGCUUCAGAUGGCUACAGCUGUGAGCCGUACGAAAACUUCCUGCUGUUUAGCUAUCGAAGCAACAUUGAAAGCAUCCACAUGACCGACCAUGCUGAUAAGAACUGGCCUGUUCAAAUGAUUUCCAAUACCAGCUUAAUGAGAAACGUAAUUGCUAUUACCUAUAACUACGAGGAACAGCUGGUGUACUAUUCGGAUGUCCAGCUCAGCACCAUUAACCAGGUACACUUUAAUGGCACCGGCCACCGCGUCCUCUUGGAGCAGCAACAACGAGUGGAAGGCUUGGCCUACGACAUUGUCAACGAGCAGCUUUUCUGGACCUCGAAUAAUAAUGCGACUAUCCGAAGCGUUGAACUGCGCCAUCUCUCUGAGCACGCUGAUCAGAACCAAGUUCAUGUGAAGAAAGUGCUUAGUCUUCGGGAGGAUGACAAACCGCGUGGCAUUGCGGUGGAGCCCUGUCUGGGCAUGAUAUACUGGACCAACUGGAACGAGGGGUCGCCUUGCAUUCAACGAUCAUACCUAACAGGAUACGGAACAGAGGUGAUCAUAAAGACCGAUAUUAAAAUGCCAAAUGCGCUGACUUUGGACCUGGAGCAGCAGAAGCUAUACUGGGCGGACGCCCGGCUGGACAAAAUUGAAAGGACGAACUAUGAUGGCAGCAAUCGCGUGGUGUUGGCCCACUCCACGCCCAAGCACGCCUUUGCAAUGGCUGUGUAUGGAGAUCUUCUCUUCUGGACGGACUGGGUACUUCAUGCUGUGGUUCGAGCAAACAAGUACACCGGCACGGAUGUUCUCUUCCUGCGAGAGCACGUGACCCGUCCAAUGGGAAUUGUGGCAGUGCAGAACACUAGCAUCAACUGCGAUGCGAACCAGUGCAAGAUCCUCAAUGGGCAGUGCGAGGACGUGUGUAUCCUGAACAAGAGCGGCCAAGCCACCUGCCAUUGCACUCAGGGAGUACUGGCACCCGAUGGUCGUCGUUGCAUUGCUCCCGUAAACACGAGCUGUGGCUUAUCGCAGUACAAUUGCCAUUCUGGCGAAUGCAUUCCCUUGGAGCUUACCUGCGAUAAUGUGACCCACUGUGCGGAUGGAUCGGACGAGUUCCGCAGCUACUGCAUCUUCCGCCAAUGUCCUGAGACGCACUUCAUGUGCCAAAACCAUCGGUGCAUUCCGAAGGAGCACAAGUGCGACGGGGAGCAGCAGUGCGGCGAUGGUAGUGAUGAGACCCCCUUGCUCUGCAAGUGCCAGUCAGAAGAUAUUGAUAUGCAUCCGUCCAAUAACAACACCAAGGAAAUGCCGGAUAUGUUCCGCUGCGGAAGCGGAGAGUGCAUUCCUCGCAAGUUCCUCUGCGACAGCUUGAAGGAUUGUCGUGACUUCAGCGACGAAAAGAUGUGUGCUCCCAUUCCCUGCGAGAAGAACGAUAUGACGUUUGUGCACUGCGGAAACAGCACUAUAUGCAUCAUGCCCAGAUGGCGCUGCGACGGCGAUCCAGACUGUCCAGAUGGCACGGAUGAGUUGGACUGCGCCAACCACACCAGUUUAAGCUGCGAUCCCGGACAGUUCCGCUGCGCUAGCGGGAACUGCAUUGCCGGCUCCUGGCACUGCGAUGGUGAAAAGGACUGUCCAGAUGGAAGUGAUGAGAUUAAUUGCCGCACCGAGUGCAGGCACAAUCAGUUCGCCUGCGAUAAAACGUGCAUUCCAGCCAGUUGGCAAUGUGACGGGAAGAGUGACUGCGAGGAUGGCUCGGAUGAGGGUCCACAGUGCCCGAAUCGUCCUUGCAGACCGCACUUGUUCCAGUGCAAGAGCUCCGGUCGCUGCAUUCCCCAAAAGUGGGUGUGCGACGGAGAAAAGGAUUGUCCCAGUGGCCUUGGGGACGAGGGCAGUGAAGACGAAGGACCCCAAUGCGGGGGUGUCGCUCACAUUCCGGACUGCCCGCCACCUGCCCACCUUUGCACCAGUGGCCUCUGUAUCGACUCUCAUUACGUAUGCGAUGGAGAUGAGGAUUGCCCCGGAGGUGACGAUGAGUAUGAAGGCUGUGUGCCAGCCUUUCAGCCGCACUCCUGUCCUGGCGGUUCGCUGAUGCACCAGUGUCAGGAUGGCCUCUGCAUUUUCAAGAACCAGACGUGCGAUGGCAAACCGGAUUGCGGCGAUGGAUCCGACGAGACGAGCAGUCUAUGUGCGCACACCCGUGGAUGCAAUGGCACCGAUGACUUCCGCUGCAAAAAUGGAGCAUGCAUCCAUGCUGAUUUGUUGUGUGAUCGAAGGAACGAUUGCGCUGACUUCUCGGACGAAGAGCUGUGCAAUGUGAAUGAGUGUCUGAUUCCAGAUAUCUGCGAGCACGAAUGCGAGGACAAGGUGGUCGGUUACCAAUGCCAUUGUCGACCGGGUUACAAGGUUCUUCCCAAGAGUCCGCACCUCUGCACGGACAUCGAUGAGUGUGAUGAGCAGCAGCCGUGCUCCCAGACCUGUAUAAAUACUUACGGAUCAUACAAGUGCCUGUGCGCAAAGGGUUAUGCAUUGGUUGACCACCACACUUGCAAGGCCACCAGCAACGUAUCCAUGGAGCUGAUCUUUUCCAACCGUUACUACAUUCGUCAGGUUGACAUGACUGGCAAUGGCAGUAUUUUGAUCAACGAGCUUUCCAAUGCAGUGGCCCUGGACUACGACUGGGAUAGCCAGUGCCUGUACUGGUCUGAUGUCACCAGCACCGUGGGCACCAUCAAACGAUACUGUCCCAAGGAAAACAAAACGCAGACAUUGCAUCAAGCUAUGCUAAAGAACCCGGAUGGCCUAGCCGUGGACUGGGUGGCCAAAAAUUUGUACUGGUGCGAUAAGGGAUUGGACACUAUAGAAGUGUCCCAGCUGGAUGGAAAGUACCGGAAAGUCCUAAUCAACGAGUAUUUACGGGAGCCGCGUGGCAUUGCCCUGCACCCAUAUCAGCAACACAUCUUCUGGUCAGAUUGGGGGGACAGUCCGCACAUUGGCAAGGCUGGCAUGGAUGGCUCCAAUCCAAAGAUGAUUAUUCGCGACGGUUUGGGUUGGCCAAACGCCUUGACCAUUAGCUUUGAGACGCAACAGUUGUUUUGGGGUGAUGCCAGGGAAGAUACGAUAUCGGUGAGUGAUUUGGAUGGAAAUCAUACGCGAUUGCUACUGGCAAGGAGCAUUAAUCCCCUGUUGAAUCUGCACCACAUAUUUGCCAUUGCCGUGUGGGAGGGUCACAUCUACUGGUCUGAUUGGGAGACCAAGUCCAUUGAGUACUGCAGUAUAUUCAAUGGACAAAACUGCACCACGUUGAUUACGACAAUCCAUCGACCGAUGGACCUACGUGUCUUUCAUCCCUACCGACAGCAGCAGCCGAUGAGCGGGAAUCCGUGCCUGGCUGCCAACUGUUCCACUCUGUGCGUUCUGUCGCCGGAGGAACCGUACUACAAGUGCAUGUGUCCCACAAACUUUAUCUUGGCGGACGAUGGUCGGACUUGUCGGGCCAAUUGUACGGCAGCGCAUUUCGAGUGCGUUAACACUUACAAGUGCAUUCCCUUUUACUGGCGCUGUGAUACACAGGACGAUUGUGGCGAUGGCAGCGAUGAGCCAGAGACCUGUCCGCCCUUUCACUGUGAGCCAGGACAAUACCAGUGUGCCAACAAAAAGUGCACCCACCCAUCGAACCUUUGUGAUGGCAUCAACCAGUGUGGCGACGGUUCUGAUGAACUUAAUUGCGACAAGUUCACCUGUUUCGACAACCACAUGAAGUGCGGAGCAACGGCUAAUUCGAGUGCGUUCUGCGUGGACAAUGUAAAGCGAUGCGAUGGUGUUAAGGACUGUCCGGGCGGAGAAGACGAAUCCGCGUGCACGCCGCUCGUCUGCAAGAAGGAUCAGUUCCAAUGCGGCAACAACCGCUGCAUGCCCUUUGUGUGGGUGUGCGAUGGGGACAUCGAUUGUCCGGACAAGUCCGACGAGGCUAACUGUGAUAAUGUCUCUUGCGGGCCCAAUGAUUUCCAAUGCGAUUCGGGUCGGUGUAUUCCACUGGCUUGGCGCUGUGACGAUGACCACGAUUGCCCCAAUGGCGAGGACGAGCCAGCCAGCUGCUUUAGCUCAAAGGCCACCUGUGAUCCAACCUACUUUAAGUGCAACAAUUCCAAGUGCAUUCCCGGCCGUUGGCGCUGCGACUACGAGAACGAUUGCGGUGAUGGAAGUGACGAGCUAAACUGCCAGAUGCGCAACUGUUCGGAGAGCGAGUUCCGCUGCGGAACGGGCAAGUGCAUCAAGCACAACUAUCGCUGCGAUGGAGAGAUCCACUGCGACGACAACAGCGACGAGAUCAAUUGCAAUAUCACCUGCAAGGAGAAUCAGUUCAAGUGCGCCGCCUUUAACACGUGCAUCAACAAGCAAUACAAAUGCGAUGGUGAUGAUGACUGCCCUGAUGGGUCUGACGAGGUGAACUGUACUUGCCAUUCGGAUCACUUUAGCUGCGGAAACGGCAAGUGCAUCAUGUCCCGCUGGAAGUGCGAUGGAUGGGAUGACUGCUUGGACGGCAGUGACGAGAGCUUGGAGACCUGUGCCAAAACCCAUUGCCAUGCAAACGCCUUUAAGUGCCGCAACCAACUGUGUGUCCGCAACUCGGCGCUCUGUGACGGCAUCAAUGAUUGUGGGGAGAACGAGGAUGAAUCUGAUGCUGUGUGUGCGGCGCUGCCCAAGUGCCGACACGAUCAAUUCCAAUGCGAAAACGACGAUUGUAUCUCGAAGGCCUUCCGCUGCGAUGGACAGUACAACUGCGUCGACGGAUCCGAUGAGAUGAACUGCCAGCCGCCAGUUUGCGGUUUCGGAAGCUGUUCCCAAAUUUGCAUUGAGAAGAAGGCAGGCCACUACAAUUGUAAGUGCGCAGAUGGCUAUCACAAGGGGCCGGAGAAGAAUGCAACUUGCCUAGCAUCCGGACCGGAUCAGAUCCUCUUGCUGGCCUCGGAGCAGGAGUUCCGGUUUAUUCUCCCUGCCAAGCAGGAGGGUACCACCGUAGUUGGUUUCUUCCAGACGGAUAGCCUCAAGAUAGACGUUUUCGACAUACUGAUUAGGCCCAAGGAUACGCUGCUCUUCUGGAUUGACUCGCACCACGGCAAGGUUCACACCAUGAAGAUCGCCACACCGCAUGUUGAGGGUACGGGAGUAAGGGUGCGCCGUGAUCUCAAGGAGCUUACUGCAUUUAAUAUUCCCGAGUUGGAUGACCCUAAAUCGUUGGCCGUGGACUGGAUAUCUCAGCGUGUGUACAUCAUUGAUUCGAGGCAUAAUCAAAUUCUGGCCACCGAUAUUGAGGGUAAAAAGUACAUCUCUCUCGUGUCGACGGGCAUGAAUCCUACGGAUAUUGUCCUGGAGCCGGAAUCACGCAUUAUGAUCUGGUCCACCUUGGAGAAUGGUAUUCUGGUGGCCUCUCUGGACGGCAGCAACAAAAAGAGUUUGGUGGAGCGUGACGUGGGCUGGCCAAUUAGUUUGUCAAUGGACUACCCGACAGGCCGUUUGUACUGGGCUGACUAUCGAAAGGGAACGAUCGAAACGUGCCGUCUCAAUGGUAAGGAUCGCAACGUGGUGAGGCGUUUUGGAAAUCGAGAGAAACCCCAGAAGAUCGACGUCUUCGAGGACUAUCUGUAUAUCAAGCUCUACGAUCAGAGUAUCAUUAAGAUGAACAAGUUUGGUAACGACAACGGCACGUACUUGCUGAAGGGCUAUCGCUCGUCUGACAUUGGCAUUCUUCAUCCAAUGAAGCAGAAUAGGAAUAUAAGUAAUCCUUGCGCCAAGGAUCCGUGCAAGUCAUCUCGCGCCCUCUGCAUUCUCUCCUCGGAGUCUUCCGUUGGGUACAGUUGCAAGUGCGCCGAAGGCUAUGUGAUGACCGAUGAUGGGGUUUGCAAGGCGCACGCGGAUAUACCCGACUAUUGUCCUCUGCAGUGUAACCUGGGUACUUGCAAGAUCGUGGAUCACGUGCCCAAGUGCAUCUGCCAGCCGCAGUUUGAGGGCGAGCUUUGUGAGCACUAUCGGUGCUCCGGCUACUGUCAGAACUACGGAGUGUGCUCUGUUGCGCCCGCGUUGCCAGGAUCUCAGGAACCGCCACCCUUAAAAUGCACCUGUACAGCAGGAUGGUCGGGGGCACGUUGCGAGACCUCUAUGCCUGCUUGCCAGAGUCGCUGCCACAAUGGAGGAUCUUGCCUGAUCUCCGAAACGGAAGGCAUGAAGUGUAGCUGUCCCAAAAUGUUUACUGGCGAGCAAUGCGAGCACUGUAGGAAUCUAACCUGUGAAAAUGGCGGUAUUUGCAGGGAAACGCUAACGGGCACCCCACAAUGCGAGUGUCCGGAUGGCUUCACCGGCAAGCGAUGCGAGAUCGACGAGUGCGCCGAUUUUUGCAAGAAUGGCGGAUCCUGUGUGAUCAGCACAAAGGGUCAACGGCAAUGCAAGUGCCCCAGUGGCUACUUCGGUGAGCAUUGUGAGUCCAAUUCAUGCCGCGACUUCUGCCGCAACGGAGGAACUUGCUCGGAGAGAGGUGGUCGAUUAAGUUGCACUUGUCCGCCGCGUUACAUCGGCGAGAGUUGCGAAUCGGAUCUAUGCAAAACCUCCAGCCCACCGCACUUUUGUGACAACACCAAGGUACCGACCAGGGAUCCCUGCACGUUAAUGAUAUGCCAGAAUGCGGGAACCUGUCACAUUAUCAAGGGCGUAGCACUCUGCAAUUGCACGGACCAGUGGAAUGGAGAUUUAUGCACCUUGCCCGUUACGGAUGACAAUCCCUGCGCCCGGUAUUGUGCGAAUGGUGGCGUCUGUCACCUGGACGAGUAUAGAUUGCCACAUUGCAGUUGCAUUGGAGAGUGGCAGGGCAAUGCCUGUGAGAUGCCGCCUCACUGCGUCGGAGGAGAGUGCAACGUCUGCCGUCCGGGCAGCUCCAUUAACGAGUGUUUGUGUGAGAACAACAGGGUGGUGCCGUGUCUGUCGGACAGUGCCGAUGCCCUAAAGGAAGAACAGGAGCCCACGGAAUCGGGCGGCGUGUUCUCUGUCGUGGUUUUGGUCCUGGCGGUGAUCCUUCUCGUUUUUGCCUUGUUCGCUGGUGCAGUUUACUUCCUUAAGAAACAUCGCAUAGCCCAGCCAUUCUCCCAUGCUCGAUUGACGGACAACGUGGAGAUUAUGCUCACCAAUGCCAUGUAUCGCGGGGAUGCAGAUGAGGCGCCAACAUUCGCCAGUGAAGAUGACAAGGGUAACUUUGCGAAUCCGGUGUACGAAUCCAUGUACGCGGAUGCCAUUCCGGAGCCAGUGAGCACUGAAAUAACACACAGCACGGCUCCGGACGAGCGAAAGGGUCUGCUGCAGCACACGCACGACGAGAAUCACACGCCGGACAUCCUCUGAUGAUUGACCCGCUGCAACCGAGAGCUGUGCUAGGAGCAGUCGUACAUGGAGACAUCCACAUCCCAACACUCAAUAAUGAUUUGAACUCGAACACAAUGGACUGAUAGUUUAGCCAUAUAACGAACUUUUGUAAACGUUUGUGUAUAUUUUGUUUCCUUCUAUUGUUUUUGAUAUUAUUUUAGUUUUGGGCUGACCUGAGCCCUCAUCCAAAGAGCUAUAACUCGGGCAGCCUUGCUCCCUUUGUUAUGUCCCUAACGAUGUCCUUAUACUAUUAUUUGCUUACACGUUUUACAAGCGCCUUUUGAUAAAUGAAUUUUUAACAUACGUGAAUCUGUGUAUAUCCGAAACGUUUUGUGGAUCUGUAAAUUUAGUAGUCGGUAGAUUUAGUUAUAGCCCACGAGCUGAAGAGAAAGUUGUACAUAUUUUAUACUUUUAUUGCCCAAAAGCAGCCUAGUUAACAUUUAAACGGAGGAAUCAUUCGAGCACUCACUAACAAUUUGCCAAUUAGUGAAUGCGGGCGAAAUCGAAAUCGCCUCUUGAGAUUGACCAAAUAUGCAUUUAAAUUAAUUAAGUAUUCACAAAGCCAGGACGAACAACGCCAGCACAUCCAGAAUAUAUCAAUUAAUGAUCAAAUUGCUUAGGAAUAAUUGCAUCACCGAAUAUUUCACACAUCUAGAAUACUUAUGACUACAAACCGGUAGCACUAUUUAGUUUGCACGAUUUUUAAAUCAAUCGAUCUAAAACCUAAAGGGUUAUACUGUAAAAAUAAUGCUCAGACUAAAGCCAAAUUUUAACAAUUAUACAAUGUAAAAAUGAUAUUUAUACAUAUAAUGAUGUAUGUAAUAAGUUAAGUAAAGCGCUAAACGAUUAACUAACGCGCAACAGAAACGCACUGCAAAUAAACACUGUAAAAAUAUAAUAAAUAUGCAUCAAUUCGCAAUAAAUAGAGCUAAGGAGUGUUUCUUUUAGGCGAAAUAAGAAAAGAUAAAAUAAAACGAUACAAAGCAAUAAUAACGCCGCAAU